CACGUGUCCUCUCGAAUUUCUCGGGGCUGACGCUCACGGAUGAAAAGGAUAAAAUGCCACACACACUUGGCUUGUUUUCAACAUUUAACAGGGUGAAAAAAAUCUGGAAGAAAGAUCAGUCAAACCGCUCAGGCUGAAAGGGUUUUAGAAGAAAAAGGGUUGAAUUUAUAGAUAGUAAAAAGUGAAAAGAGGGCAUGUACGAAUGGAUACUGACUGUGGAGCUGAAUUUGGUGAAUGGUUGGUUUUUGAUGCUAAGGAUAGUUGUAAGAAUGUUGAAAGUUCGUUAAUUUCGGAUAAAGAUGGAGUAAAAGAUGAGACUUUGAGGGAAAGGAUGGAAGGUAAAGUUGUGAGUGCUCUGGGAGUGGAAUUUACUAAUAACAUUGAGUCUUUGGAUUAUCAAGACUUCAAUGCUAGCGGCUGUUUUAAGACGGUAAAUUGUGAUGGAGUUGAAAAUGAGGCCUUGGAAGUUAAUGUGGAAGAAGAGAGUAAUCGAAAUGAAUUGACGCCGAUGAGGGUCCCUGUGAGUACUGAAUGCGAGGUUGAUUUGCUCAGUGUUGCUGAUUUUAUCCGGUAUUCGAGGAUGGACGGGAAUGUGUCAGGUGGUGUGAAUGGAAAAUCUUGUUCUUCCAAGCUAGAAUUUGAAGUUUCUGAUCUAGUAUGGGGCAAAGUAAGGACUCAUCCAUGGUGGCCCGGGCAGAUUUGUGAUCCUUCGGCUGCGUCAGAACUGGCAAAGAAGUGUUUUAAGAGGGGUAGUUAUCUGAUAGCUUACUUUGGGGAUCAGACAUUUGCUUGGAAUGAAGCACCAAAGAUUAAGCCCUUUCUGGAGCACUGCUCAAAAAUGGAGAAGCAGAGUGAUAUGGAAGAAUUCCAAAACGCAGUUGGUUGUGCGUUGGACGAAGUGUCGAGAAGGGUAGAGUUUGGGCUGGCCUGUUCUUGCAUAUCCAAACGAGAAUAUGCAAAGCUCAAAACUCAGAAGAUUAUUAAUGCUGGAAUCAGGAAAGAAGCAGCAAAUAGAAGAGAUGCCGGUGACAGUUCUCUUAGCGCCGCUUUUUUUAAACCUGCGAAAGUCAUUAAGUUUAUAAAAAAGUUGGCUCAGUUGCCAUAUGGCAAAGCUGACAGACUAGAACUUGUAACAUCUCUAGCCCAGCUGUCAGCUUUCUUGCGUUGGAAGAGUUAUGUGCCUCUGCCAGAGGAGAAUGAUACUGACAUUUUCCUAUUGGGAGAGAAGAACCACUGCAAUGAAGUAGGUGAUGAAGCACUCUCAGUACUUGAGAAUGAGAAGUUGGUGCAAAAAUCAGAUAGUAAAGAGAACUCAUUACGUGAGUGCAAGGACUUAUCAGAUUCAAAAGCUCAGAGGUGUUUGUUUCCUAUGAGUGAGAAUGGAUCAGAAGGGAAAGCUGGCGGUGAAUUGAUUUUGCAACAUUGCAACAAAAGAAGGGGUCUUGAUGCUAUAGCUGAUGAAGAUGUACUCCCAGUAAUCAAAGAUAACUCCAUGCAUAAGUGUCGGCACAUAUCUGAACAUAGUAUGAAUCUGAGUGAAGAAGAGCAAAGCUUGUCAGAUUUGGAGGGUACGAAGUGUUUGUCUACUCCAAUGAGUGAGAAUGGAUUAGAAGAGAAAGGUGAUGGUAAAUUGAUUUCACAACCUUCUGUUAAGAAACGAAAGGAAGUUGAUGCUAUGGCUGAUGAUGCUGCUGUGAAACAUAGGAAAAGUGAUUCAUCACAAGGUAUUGGUAGCAAUGCGAACUGUCAGUUGUUUGAAGUUGAAGACUUUUUUAACCUGUUUUUACAGCAGUCUUAAGAGUCGGAGAUGAAUAGGUAGGAUUAACUGGAAAUGUGUGAGCUGGAGAGGUAGUAUAUAAAAACCUCACAUCUCAUAAGUAAGUCUGUACUUCACCCUGUUAAUAUUAAUAUGACUUUAUAGUAGUUUUUAAAGUUUUGUCACGACUAGCAUAUCUUUGAACUCGU